GAGGAGAGUGGCUGCAUGACUGAGACCGCACUUCUUUCUUCUUCUGAAGCAGGAUGAAUGCAACAGCAGCCGAGCCAGCGGAGGGCUCCAAGCCUGCUCCUCCUGAGUUCAAGCAGAAGGGAUCUCGGCAGUUUAAGAGCAAAGCUCCCAAACCCGGACAGAAGGACUUUGACAUCGAUGUCCCAGGGAUGGAGGAGCCAGGAGACUCUGCAGUGGUCUGUCCCUGGGAGGCCUUUGGUGACAUGGAGCUGAGCGACCUGGCUCAGUUUGGCGUUGUCUAAACCCACCAGCAGACAUGUGUGAAUGUUUGGAGGUUCCUAAUGUAGAGGAUGAGGAGCAUCCUCUGAGUCUCAGGGUCAUAUGGAGCCUCUCUGCUGUAAAUGGAGAAA